GUUCCUUUUUGGGUCCUUGGAGGUGCGGUGAGCAUCCUUGACUCUAACUCUCAUGUCCAGCCCUUCCACUCCAACAAAACACAUUCCAGGUGCUUGGCCAGAACGUAUUCGCCAAACAAUCUCUUCAUCCUCCUCGAGCUCGGGUCAGACAGUCGUAAGGCAGGAAAACACCGCCUCGCCCGGGCAAAACACCCCUGAAAUGCCUACAGCGAGUACAGCGGGCGACCGUCCCCUGAGCAUUGUUGUACCAUCAUCGGCGUAUUGCCCGUUUUUCACAGAUUUUUCGCUUCCCAUCACCUCGCUUACCCUGCCAGCUUCAUACAUCGGAAAGAAAAUCAUGCCAGACUUUUCUCACGAGCAUGCAAGCUCUAGCGUACCAUCUACUCCUGGUCUUGAUGCUACACCAUCUUCAAGUCAAUUCUCAUCUGAUCCAAACACUAUUGCUUCUCCGACACCUAGUCAUUUCGCAACAAUGCCCGUCACUCCCGAAGCACAAGAUAAUCACGACAUUGCUACCAUACAUACAUCUCCUUCGAAAAUCUCUCCCUUAGUUAAACCCAAAGCAAGCAUGACGCUGAUGUUGGACCCACCGAAAUUACCAGAUACAAAUCUAUGGGUGUCUGCUGGAUCUAACUGGCUCACAGACCUGGGUGGAAACACAGAGACAGACCGCGUAUUCCGCAACACUCUCUUUGGCCCAAUUCCUCCCCUAAGCAGCCCAAUCGCCUCCAGUAUCGCAUCCCCUGCGUCCUCUUUUCCCGCCGCUCUCUUAUCGAGCAUGUCCACAUCCCUCAACAGCACUCCGAUUUCGUCUCCCUCCGCACCGUCUUCUCUUAAUUGUAUAACUUCAGUCCAUUCGCCAACUACAGCACGCCUUGCAUUGUCACCGACAGCGACAGCAGCCUUUCCCUCCAGUAUCGAUAGCUUUGAGCGAUGGCGCGAAGAUGUUACAGUCCAGACGAACAGACGGGAGAUCAUGCCAGAGACUCCUUCUGUAUAUGAUGACACUGAAUCAAGCGCAGAACACACCGAACGCACCAGUCAGCCCCCGCCUGGCUUAAACCAGAGAACGGUGAUUCCGCAUGCAAUGCAGUCACAAACAUUCUUGCAGAAGGCGAAGAAAAUCGGCGGACGCGUCAGACGUUUCGUAACGCGCAGCAAAAGAAGCAAAUGGCAUACCGCCAUCGAAGCUGGCGCUUCUGAUAUUACCACUCAUACAGGAAGCGACGACGGGAGCAUCGUGGUCAUUUCCGCACGUCCUCCGCCAUACGACACGCGGCCUUCUCUGCCCAUCCCACUGCAAAGCCCUGAGCAGCGCAGGAGAUCUAUGCCCAUGCUCUCUCCGCAUUAUGUCCUGGUUAGAGAACGCGCCUCCGCGAGCGCUGAGGGGUCUGUUGAGGUGCCUCGUACGGCGCCUCCUGCAGAUGCGAGAGGACUUACAGUCUCGAGGGUUCCUACCCGUCGUUUUUCUCUCGCAGCGUUCUCAAGUCUCGCGCCGCUCAAAAGACCAUGAGACAAAUGACUCGGCCGGUAUUUUUAUUUCAUCGUAUUCAAAGUUAGAUCCAUUGCAUGUCCAUGUUCGAAUUCCAGUCUGUUGGCGGACACUUCUUCUAGCUUGUAUCCUUUUCUUUAUUAUGGCUUUUGACCGGCAAUAGUCCGACCCCCGCCUUGGAAUAAUUUUUUUGAUUUCGUAUUGCAUACCCAAAUAGAUAGUCUGGACAUGUCC